AUGUCGUUCAACACCGCCGCCAACAAGCUCCGCCAGGCCAUUGAGCACGGCACCGACAUCAUCGUCGCGCCCGGCGUCCAUGACGGCUUCUCCGCCCGCAUCGCGCAGUCCGUCGGCUUCGAUUGCCUGUACAUGACCGGCGCCGGCACCACCGCCUCCCGCCUCGGCCACGCCGACCUCGGCAUCGCGACGCAAUCCGACAUGGUCGCGCACAGCUCGAUGAUCGCCCAGCUCGACUCUUCCAUCCCGCUCAUCGCCGACGCCGACACCGGCUACGGCGGGCCGAUCAUGGCGGCGCGGACGGUCGAGCUGUACGCGCGCGGCGGCGUGGCCGGCCUGCACAUCGAGGACCAAGUCCAAACGAAGCGCUGCGGGCACCUGGCGGGCAAGGAAGUCGUCGACGUCUCCGUGUACGCAGCGCGGAUCCGGGCCGCGAAAACGGCGAGGGAGAAGGUGGGCAGUGAUAUUGUGAUUAUCGCGCGGACGGACGCGCUGCAGGGGCAGGGCUACGACGCGGCGGUGGAGCGGUUGAAGGCGGCGAGGGAGGCGGGCGCGGACGUCGGGUUCCUCGAGGGCGUGACGGAUAGGGAGAUGGCGCGGCGCGUGGUGCGGGACCUGGCGCCUUGGCCGAUGCUGCUGAAUAUGGUCGAGCACGGGGCGACGCCGACGAUUUCGGUGGAUGAGGCGAGGGAGAUGGGGUACCGCGUUGUCAUCUUCCCGUUCGCGAGCAUCGCGCCGGCGUAUGUGGCGAUGAAGGAGGGGUUUGAGAGGUUGAAGGAGACGGGGGUGGUGGGUGCGCCGGAGUUCUUUACGCCGAAGUUCUGCUUUCAGGUUUGUGGGUUGGAUGAGAGUAUGGCGCUGGAUGAGGCGGCGGGUGGGAAGGCGUUUGGUGCCAAGGGCGCGUAA